UUCCAGCUAUUCCAAAUAUUCUUGAACCCGAUAGAGUAUCAUGGUAUAACUAAAAAAGACUGUUACGUUAGUUGGUCUGCGUAGGCGUUGUGGAAACAGGAAAAUUAAACGACACAGCUUUCUGAUGUUUUAUUAUGUUUGACGCCUCUCGGAAAACAGACUUGUUUCGCUGAAGUCUCGAGCAUGAACCCUUCGUCGGAGCGUUUGCCCAGAUGACAGAAUUUUAUUUUAGUUACGAAUAAUUAAUGAAGUUUGGAUUCUGGAGGUGCGUGCUCUUGCCAGAAGGGAAUUGGCACUAUGGAAAAAAACACUUCUUCAUUAUCAAGAAACUCUAGUUCAAGUUCUAGUUUGGCCAAUGGAUUAACGUGGAGCAUCACUUUUGGGAUUCAUGCCUCGUUUGUUGUGCUGUUCAAUAUCUUGACUAUAUUGACUUUUGUGCGAAACAAGCGGAAAAAGCGUAAGAAGAGUGUUUACUGUCUCAUGAAUCUCGCAUUAUCAGACUUAAGUGUUGGUAUACUGACCAUCCCACUCUACGUGUCAUAUCUAGCGGAGGCUGUUAUCAAGGGAAACAGCUCCGACACAAUGCUGGCUUUGAGUGUGGAUGUUAUUUAUCAAUUCACAGCUAGCGCUGCGAACUUUUCGCUAGUGUUAGUCUCUUUAGAGCGCUUGUAUGUCACGCUGUACCCGCUACAGCAUCGAAAGACCAGAACACGCUCGUACCUGAUUUCGAUUGCACUAACAUGGUUGAUUGCAUUAGGGAUUACUUUAAUUUAUUACGUCUUCAAAUACGAGCUUAAAGCACCAAAGGCUAUAUUUUAUGUACUUUUGCCAGUAUUGUUGGUAUCCCUCGUGUUAAUCUGUUUAUCGUAUGCGGUUAUACUUGUAAAAAUCAGACGCCGAAAUGGAAGCUGUCUCGCUAUGAUCGCCAAAGGACAGAGACAGGAGCGCAAACUGGCACACACGUUAUGCAUCGUUACUGCAACCUCUCUAGCAACGUGGCUGCCAUUCACAAUCAUGCAGAUCAUGUCAAUCAAAGGAACGUCCGCGAUGUCAUCAGACACCGUCUUCAGUGUGCUUCUUAUCCAGUGCAGCAACUCGCUAGUUAACCCAAUUAUCUACGCGCUUCGCAUCCGGGAAUUUAGAAACACUCUUCUGCAGUUGUUGAGAUGUAAGAGCUCAUCAGAGUGGCAGAUAGCGAAGAACAGAGCUGAGCUGACUCGACUCGCAAAAGCUGCUGUUCCUCUGAGUGACAUUGCGGAAUAGUAGAGUCCUGUACAGAUGACGACGGUUAGGGUGAUGACGUUAAAAAUGUGAAACUUAUGAAAACAUUUGAAGGGAAACACGCGAAAACAAUAUGGCAUAUUUCAGCUGUAUCUGACGCUAAAAACUUGAGGUUAUCUUUUGCAUUGAAAACACAUUUUGGCUCGAUAGCCUCCCGUAGUUAGUCCUUGUGUUUUAUGCAACAAAAAAGCUAGAACGCGAGGAUCUGUAACCAGCAAAAAAUACAUAAGGCCCGUACCCAGGGGGUAUGAAUACAUAACAAGGGGUGCGCAAUGUUUUUAGCGGAGCCAGCUUGGCCGUAGGCCGCGCGCGGAGCUCCAUAGGUAUAGAAAUAUGGUAUGGCUAUGCGACUUGGUUUUUGUGGUCAUCGCGCGGGUACCAUGUGUGUCACAACCCAGUAAAUCAUGCAACUCCCAGGCCCCACUCGGUCUUACGCUUUUACGUGGACCUUUUACGUGUUUUUUACCGCGUCACAGUUCGCAUGUACACAGAAAUAACGCAGCUAGAAAAUAGUAUUUAAUGAGAAUAUGGCAAGGAGGAGUUUAACGGCUAAAAAUGCUCAGUUGCUUUGGCAUAAUCGGUUGAAAACUAUAUCCGGCUAUUUACCCUCUGUAGCAAGCGAAUGUUUUCGCAAUCAAAGUAUACUUAAAGACAUCUAAAAGUACUCUCUAGUUUUGAUCAUACUUUUAAGAUUCGGGAAUUCAUAUAUUAGCUAAGUUAGCAAAUUAACUUACUAGUACCAGUAAAUGAAAUUGGGGGCGAUACUAGUAAACAAAGUUUCGGGGCGAGAAAGCAAUCUCGCAUCAUUGCCCGUAACUAGGCAGGUUUUCUGUAGCUGGUUGAAAUGAAAGCAUAGAUGAGAGGAACAGCAUUAGUAAAUAAAUGUUUUUCAUAUUCC